GCCCGCCCAGCUGGACGUAGCCGAGCGGAGGCGAGCAGAACCGAGCGGAGCCGAACAGAAUCGGGUCGAGCCGAGCCGAGCCGAACGCAGUCGGGUCCAGCCGAGCCGAGCCGACUCCAACCGAACAGAGCCGAACCGAGGGCCCCGGGACCGCCCGCGUUUCUUCAUGGCCGGGAAGAAACUGAUCGUGGUGUUCGGGGCAACCGGGGCUCAGGGGGGCUGUGUGGCCCGGGCUCUGCUAGAAGAUGGGACCUUCAAGGUCCGCGCGGUGACACGGAGCCCCAUGAAGAAGGCGGCCAAGGAGCUGAAGCAGAGGGGAGCUGAAGUCGUGAAGGCAGAUCAGGACGAUGAGCCAUCGCUGGAGCUGGCCUUGGCGGGUGCUUACGGAGCUUUUGUUGUAACCAACUUCUGGGAGCACUGCAGCAAAGAGAAAGAAAUUGCACAGGGAAAGCGGCUUGCUGACCUGUCGAAGCGCCUCGGUCUGCAACACGUCGUGUACAGCGGCCUGGAGAACGUGAAGCAGCUGACGGGGGGCCGGCUGGAGGUGCUCCACUUUGACGGCAAAGGCAUGGUGGAGGAGUACUUCCAGAAACUUGGUGUUCCCACCACAACCAUCCGACUGCCGUUCUACUUUGAGAACUUCCUCUCCAUCUUCAAGCCGCAGAAGGUCCCACAGGGAGAUACCUUUGUCCUGGCGCUGCCCAUGGGGGACACCCCCAUGGAUGGGAUGGCGGUGGAGGAUGUUGGGCCUGUUGUGCUUUGCCUGCUGAAGUCCCCAGAGGAGUACAUCGGCCGAGUGAUCGGGCUCAGCACUGGCAAGCUCACUGAGGCAGAGUAUGCUGCUAUCCUCUCCCAGCAGACGGGCAAGAUCGUGGAAGCCAGCAAGAUCUCACCAGAGGAGUAUGAGAAACGUGGCUCCCCUGGGGACAAGGAAUUGGCCGCUAUGUUCCGUUUCUAUGCCCUUAAGCCAGACCGCAACGUUGACCUGACCAUGAAACUCAACCCCAAGGCCCGCACCUUCCAUCAGUGGGUGGCAGACAAUAAGGCCGCCUUCUGACCCUUGCCUCCCUCCUCUUCCACCCGAGCUUCUGCAGCAGGUAGUGGGAACUGGUGAAGAGGUGAGCUGUGCGGAGCCACACUCCCUCUCCACUAGUGCCCUGGUGAAAGGCUGACCCUGCGAGAGCUGGGAAGAGCUUUGGUCCAUGCAUGCACUCCAGGGCUCUCCUGCAACUUGGUUGAGGCUAUUUAGACCAGUGCAACUAGAACAAGAGGAAAGGCUGUACAGCUGCAGGCAGGCAGGAGAAGCACUACCUUUGCACACUGUCUUCAGGGAGGUCUUUGUUCAGUGAUUCUGGGUGUUUUCACAGCUGUAGGGUGGUGGCAGCUUGUUUUCCCAGGAUCACCUUCUUUCCUAGGGAGCUCUGAGCAUACAGCACCACUUGGGUGAGCUGAAUGCAUAGUCCCUCUGGGCCCUGAAGGGCAGUGCCUUCACUGCAGGUACCCACGCAGGCCCACAACAGGCAGUGCUGCAGGCUCCUAAGCAAACAUGGGUUUCUCCAUGGACCAGCUUCGGGCACCACAGGUGAGCCAGCAGGCAGAGCAGCACACCUGGAGAGACAGGGCACUUGUGUUGGCACCACCCUGGCAAAAAGGGACUGUGCAGUGACUUCCUGCACUGUGUAACAUGAAAGCUGAGCCUAACUCCUCAAGUCAGACAGCUCUCAGCUGUGGCCUGGCCUUUGGGGUCCUAGAGCUAAUUUCAAUCGCUGCCCCCAUGAGUUGAGUAAAACCUUUGCAAGACUGUCCAACCUUGGGAUUUAAGACUCAUAAAGCUCCUCCCCCCACACCAUAUGCUUAAGGUACUGGUCAGAUAAGAGCUCUGGAUUUGGCAAGCUUUGCCUGUGCUUAAAGUAAGUCAGUCGCAGCCACCAGAGAGACGCUCAAGACAUCCAGCCCUAUCCUCUCCUUGUCUGAGAGAAGACCUUUGUUCCUGUUCCUGGGGGAGGGAAAGGGGGUGACAGACAACAUUGGAAGAGUAGACAAGGCAGCAAGGCACAGCACAUGUUAAAUAUCUUUAUGAAGUCAAUCUUAUUUACAUGGAUACAGAAUCACUUUACAGGCAGUUUAAUCAGGAGGCAACACGUGCUUUAUUUCAGCAAAUUAAGAAGGGUGAGACUACGACAUGUCCUUGUUUAACUGGUCGAUUAGUAUGUGGCCUAAUGGUACCUGCACAGUUUAACUAACAACAGCAGGCUGCAGUAACCAUGAAAAUACUCACAGCAAGAGCUCAACUCCACCUGGAAGGAGUGAUCCACUUUACUUGUAUUCUCACACAUGUAGGAACAAUGACUCUAUGACCAAUCAUUUAUGCUACGGGUGUUGCGCUAAUGUAAUAAAAGACUUUGUCCCAAA